GUGUGUUGGGGAUGCGGCCAACGGGCCAUUCGCGUCGUGUGUUGUCGCCGUCGUUGUCGUUGUCGUUGUCGUCGUCGGCGACUGCGCUGCUGGCCGGGAAUAAAACUCGAUCCGCGUGCGUCUUCUAGCCACAGUUUACGGAUUGCCUUCUGACCGACAGAUCGAACCAGCCAAUCGAGCGCAGUGCACUCAAUCAAACUCUACACAGCCACGAGCAGCUCAAGCUACCCUACAAGGCACGCCCAGUCGGUGCCCCAAAGGAUACAUCAAUAAUUAAAGCCCAGUGUCAAGUGUUGUCGUGUCGGUGACCCGCCCCCAAACCACUCGAGAAAUCAAGAUAAAUAUAUAAUAAAAAAAAUAAAAAAUAUGUUGAAAUUCGUGUGCCUGUUCGCGCUGCUCGCCUCCACGGCGGCGGCAGCCUCCGAGGCUGACAGCUUGCUGACUAGCGCCCUCAAGAUGGUCAAGGAUUGCGGCGAGCGUUCCAUGCUGUUGUGUAUGAAGGUAAACCAUAUAGAAAAAUAGAGUACGAAGCGCGAUUAGCUAAUUAGCAAGCCCCAUUUCGUAUAGGAACGCGCCCUACACUACUUCGACACGGAGAAUGGCGAUGUGCGUCUAACCGAGGGCAUUUCCCUGGUCAAAACCGAUGAGAUUCCGGUGGGUCGCGCCUUGAACGAAGUGACGCUGCCGGAGGAGGCGGAGGCGCGCGAAAGUGAGGUCGAUUCCCUGCUGGUGGAGCGUGUGGCACGCUUCUUUGGCACACAUACGCUGCAGUUCAAGGUUCCCAAGGACUCCAUACAGGAUAUGCAGCGCGCCCUCGAGGAAUCACGCGGCAAGAAGAAGGAGAAGAAGAAGUACCUGAUGCCGCUGCUGAUGCUCUUCAAGCUGAAGAUGGCCGCUCUGCUGCCGCUGGCCAUUGGCUUUCUGGCGCUAAUCUCGUUCAAGGCCCUGGUCAUUGGCAAGAUCGCACUGCUGCUCUCCGGCAUCAUAGGCCUAAAGAAGCUGCUCGAGUCCAAGAAGGAGAACUACGAGGUCGUUGCGCAUCCCCACUACGAGCACGAGCACAGCUACGGCCGAUCGCUGCAAGGCGAUGAGGCACAGAACUUGGCCUACGCGGCGUAUAAGCAAUAAAUUGCCAAAUACAACAAAACAACAACAAAUUAGUGCAAUACACAAAAGGAAAAAGAGAGAAAGAAGGG